GCAUACCAAUGCCUUGUUUUGUUUUGAAACACCCGGGUACUUUGGUGGACUUGACAAGUUUCUACGCUCUUGCUAAAAAGAAGCUUCAGAACAACAGGAUGCAUUCAGGCUUAUCCUCUUUGAGGAAAGAGUUGCAGAACUUGAAUUUGCAUCUUCAUGUCAAGGAAUCUAGUAGAGCUGAUUCAUCCUCAAAUGCUGCUGGUGAUAGUUUGAUGCUAUCAUUUGUCAACAAUCAACAACCUUCUCCCAAAGUUGAAACCACACAAGAUAAAAAGCCAGAUCAAACAAGUUCUCUUGGGAGAAGUGAGGGAAGCAAUGUGUGCGAGAGAGGUGGCACAGAAGCAUCUUCUAGAAUGGACAAGCACCAAGAAGAAAAGCUCCAAAGAUGCAAAUUUGUGCAUGACAUUUUGUUCUCUACUAUUCUGGAUGAUUUCUUAUGAGAGAAGGGUGACUCUCUGUCAUCCCUGAAGCUGUGAGUCAUUUCUUCACAUAUGCUAAGCUGGGAUGAUGAUGAUUAUGAUGAUGGUGGUGAUGGUUAUGAUGAUGAUGAUGAUGAUUUAAGCAAGAAACAAACAUGGCGGGUGCGAACGAAUUGGAACCUGACCAAGUGUGUAUAGAAGAAGUCACACACGUCCUGCGCUUCUGCAGCCCUGCUCUGUUUUUUUUCAGUCUUUAGAAUCUGAAUGAAGAUGUAAUGUAAUUGGCUACUGAGUAAGAAGUACUCUCUCUGUUAUAGGACAUAAUUUGGACUAUAAACCAAAGACUCUUUUAUUUUUCGUAGAUGAAUAUUUGUAUUUUUUUAGAAAUUAAAAUAAUAAUUAAAUGUCCCCAAG